AUGGGUCUUACGAGAUCCGGAGUGCUGGCCCUGGGCUGGGUUAUAACGGCCUGCUUAGCGAGUCCAAUGGCACUGGACCUGUCUGUGUUAAACGCACCGGAUGCUGAUCUUCUCGUACGUGAAGGUAUCGCGCUUGCAAAUUCUCGAGACCUAGAAAAACGGCUUUCGGCCGACUUCUCGAUGGAAAAGACAUGGAAGGACGAAGUGCUUUUCGGCGGUUCCUGGACCGAUACUCAGGAUAACGGUGCUCUCAGUACUGCACUCACAAUCACGUGUGUGGACUGCUACACCAAGGGAACUGUCACCGCGGAAUUGUGGGAGGAUCUUAUCCAUCCGUCUGUCAAACUUGAGUUCAACCAGAUUGAAGCAUACGUUUUCCUUGGGCUCGAGACAAACGCGGCACAGACGUUCUCUGUCAACCUGUUCAUGUCUAACUCUCCUAUUGGAUUGGGAUUCCCGGGACUCAGUGUGGGUGUUGUCUUCUUCGUAGAUUUGGUCUUCAGCCUGACGGAGGAAAUCGACCUCACCGGGGGAUUUUACGUGAAACUGGCAGAUGGGGCUUUCCUUGAAGCUGACAUUUUUGGCGGUGACAUCACCAACUCCUUUUUUGAUGGAAUUAGCAGCAAGUCUCUGCCAGUAACCGUAACGUCAGGUACAGCCACGUUCAAGGCGGAUCUUAGGCUUCGCGUCCAAUGUGGUGCAGAGUCGAGUAUAGACGUAUUCGGAAUCGGGGCCGGCGCCGUCGUCGGCAUCUACGCAAAUAUCAUCGAGUUCGUGGCGGUUAUUGACUCGACGCCGACGUGCGCGCUGGAGAGUACGGAGUGGUGGGAUCUCAAUGUUGGAGCUCUCUGCAAUAUCCCUCUCAAGUGUGAUCGUCCCGGCGUUGGUGUCAUCAAGACGCUGAAGCUAAUUCCGACUCCUGCAGCUUACGCCCAUCUUGACGUCGUUAUCGAUUGGAAGACCCUUGGACCGGUCCCAACAGUAUCGACGACAUUGCUCACUGCUCCGACUAUGUCGCAAUGCUGGAUAGAGGGGGGUGGCUCAUCUAGUGUAUCGGCCACGGUGACGGCCACAACGACAGGUGUCAUUACAUCCCCAGCCGCGGUCUCGGCAUCCCUCAGCGAACCGUUUUCUGCUACAGACUCCUCGUCGUAUAGCAAUCCGGCAACGCCCUUGGUUUCUUCAUUUAUUAGCAAUUCAGCUCGAGCUUCAGCCUCCGUCAGCCUCCCACUCCCGACCUCAUACGGCCCAAGCAUCACCGAGACGACUUUCAACCCCGUCAACACAACAUCUUCGGCGCCAGUCACCACCUCUUCCCCGCCUCUUACCUCGCUCGUCGGCUCUUCCGGCGUAUACAGCCACAGCUCCCCCCUAUCCAACUCUUCCUCCUAUCCCGGCAUCACCGAUACCGACCUGGUGACAUCCACAGUCUACUCCACGACGGUCUACACCAUAACCGCCUGCGCUGCAGGAGUCAUUAAUUGCCCCGCAUCGUAUCAGAAGGAACUCAUCGUCACGCAAACGAUCGACAGUUUCACCACCAUCUGCGCCGCCUCAGCCAACAUCACCGCUCCUCCGCAAGCCGAAGCGCCAACCAUGACUACUACCCUCGCUUCCCCGGACGCCGUGCAUGUCAUCACGGACGCAGUAACCCUCAUUCCGUGCCCUAUCCCCAUCAUCGCUACCUUUGUUCCCCCAAGCUCCCUGGCCGUGACUGCUUUGGCCAAGGGAGAAGCUUCAGUGAUACCGGAGACGACCGCAGCGCUUCUCAGAACAGUAACAACACCAGCCGCCCAUUCUAUUCAUGCAGAUAUGGCGAGCAAGUGGACGAAUACCACAACGACUAUCGCCCGUACCGGAGCAUUGAUAUCAUUCUCGUACUCUACCAGUGCAAGUGCCAUAGGUAUAAGUUCCUCAACCUCCGCGACCCAAGCCCAGGUCGUCAGUGCAGCAGCAGCUCGAGUCGAGGGCGCCUUCUUGGCUGCCGCCGCUGCCGCCUUUGUUGCAAUGGUCCAUAUUCUACACAGACACACACCUUUACUAGUUGCGGGGGCUUCCGUAGCGGAAGAAUAG